AUGGGUUGGACAAAACGAGAUAAUGGACGUAGCUAUGAUAGCUUAAAUGGCUAUAGCACAAUUAUUGGAUUUUGUCCGGAAAAAUUUUGGAUUACGCCACGAAAAACCGGAAAUGCAAUGGAAGCUGAUGCAGGGGUUCAACUUAUUAACCACAGCAGUAUCCUUAAAGAAGCUGGACUGCAAGUACGAGUUGUCAUUAGAGAUGAGGAUAGCUCCAUGAUUUCUGCACGGUUAAUUGCGAAAAUUGCGGUAAUUGGUGCAAUCCACAUAAAAAAACAUACUAUUCACUUCUCCAAUGAAGCACUCCAUGAAGAAUUAGUAGACUUAUUUCAAAAAUAUGCAUCCAAUUCCUCCAAAUUCUCAAUUGCAGCUUCAAGCCAAAGUAACGAAAGUUUUAAUAAUAUUGUUGCAAAUAAAGCACACAAAAAUAAAUGUCUAAGUACAAGUGCUGCUUGUGAUAUUAGAGUAGCUGAAGCUGUUUGCGUAAAAAAUGACGGUGAAAAAAGAAAGGAAACUGUUAAAGACAAAAAUGAACAGCACGAAGGCAUUACCUAUGAAAGUAACUGCGGGAUUAAUAAAUUCAAUAAUUACGUACGUAAAGACUGUGAUAGUAAUAACAAUAACAUUAUAUUAGAAGAUGAAACAAAUGUUGUUUAUUUUGAUAUUAAAACCACGGGAUUCGCUGCAAAUGUCCAUAUUUUACAAAUUGCAGCUAUCUGUAAUUACCAAAUUUUUAAUGUCUAUGUAUACACGAAGUCCGAAAUUUCAACGUCAGCGAGUGCUGUAACUCAACUUUACCACAAACAUGGAGAUUUAUAUCAUAGAAACAAGAAAGUUGAAAGUCUUAUAUUUUCUGAUGCAUUAGAAUCAUUUAAACAAUUUUCAUUUAAUUUAUCUAAUGGGCGAAAAAAAUGUCUAUUAGUUGCGCAUAAUGCUUCAUUUGACGUUCCUCGACUUUUAGGCGCUGUUAUUAAUGCGAAAUUGCUUGGAACUUUAGAUUUAAUUGCAGGUUUCGCAGAUACCUUAACAUUAUUUCGAUCAGUCUUGAUCGAUAGGAAAGGUCCUGGUCAGUUUAAAUUGGAAAAUGUAAGUAAAGAUUUCUUACAGAUUUGUGAUAACGAUCAGCAAUCAUUUCACGAUGCUGCUUAUGACGUUGUGAUAUUGCAAAAAUUGACUGAAACAUUAAAAUUAGAGAGUAAGUUAUUCAAUGCGAAUGAAACUUGUGAUUAG